GUAUUCAGCCUAUAUUUCUCACACCUAGCACUUAAGAAUAACAAGCUACAGAAACCUCUUACUUUCACAGAAAGCAAUAAAAAAUAAAAAUGAAAGGCACCAUUUUUCUUUUCUCUUUCACUGUCUUGGCAUUGGCUUUCUCAUUUGCCUCUGCCUACGACCCUAGCCCUCUCCAGGACUUCUGCGUAGCCGUUGAAGAACCCAAGAAUGCUAUCUUCGUGAAUGGCAAGUUCUGCAAAAACCCAAAACUUGUAGAAGCAAAUGAUUUCUCCUUUUCGGGUCUAAACAUUCCAAGAAAUACAAAAAAUGGAGUGGGAUCAAAUGUAACUCUCGUUAAUGUAGACCUAUUAAAAGGUCUCAACACACUUGGUAUUUCUUUAGCUCGUCUUGAUUUCGCACCAUAUGGCGGCUUAAACCCUCCCCAUAUCCAUCCUCGUGCGACAGAGAUUCUUGUCGUCCUCAAAGGCACUCUUUAUGUUGGCUUUGUCACAUCAAACCCAAGUCGUCUUUUCGCUAAAGUAUUAUACCCAGGAGAUGUUUUUACCCCAGAGAUGUUUUUGUUUUCAAUCGGUUUGAUUCAUUUUCAGUUGAAUGUGGCAAAGCUGAAAGCAGUUGCGGUUGCUGGGUUGAAGCAAGACCAUCCUGGUGUUAUUACUAUAGCUAAUGCAACUUUUGGGUCUGACCCUCCUAUUAAUCCUGAUGUUCUUGCUAAGGCUUUCCAAUUGGACGAGGACGUUGUUGCUUAUCUUCAGAAGCUGUUUGGUGGUAGCAACUAAUUGGCGACGUCUAUACGUACAUGCAUGCAUAAAACAGUCAUUUAAAAGAAUAUAUAUACAGUGUUGUUUGACAAUAAUUUUAUGCCGUUUAUAUUUUCUGUAUUUCCAAAGUUGCAUGUAAUACUUUGAUAAUAAUAAAAACGAAAUUGCUUUCUUUUGCGAUUUAAUUUU